ACGCCAAAGAAAUAGAUACAACACUCUCGGACGUGUUUUUAAAGCCUCUUAUAAAUAAUGUUAUGGAUUAAAUUUAUUUUAUUUUCUCUCACUACCCAAACAAAUAUACCAAAAACUAUUUUUCAUCUCUCUCAAAAUCCCUCCUUUCUCUCUCUCUAGCUUUGUGCAGUACUAUAGAUCAGGUUGCGAAGACCGUAGUCUGGAUUAUGCUCUUUUAAGAGCUCUGAUGGUGGUGCUGGAUUUCUAGGGUUUUAUGUAAGGGGUUUUUAUUUAUUUAUUUAUUUUUUUCUAGAGACUCGAGUGAGACUUGUACGAGCUUCGAUGUCGACUGCUUCGUCUUCGUCGCCGGCUCCUAAGGUCUGCUACAAUUCUGAGUGUAAGGAAUUGAAACCGGAGCGCCCCAGAAAGGGAUGGCGCCUCCGCAGCGGAGAGUUAGCUGACCUUUGUGAUCGAUGCGCUUCUGCUUUUGAGGAAGGAAGAUUCUGUGAGACUUUUCAUGGAAAUGCUUCUGGCUGGAGGUGUUGUGAAUCUUGUGGAAAGCGGAUUCAUUGUGGAUGUAUUGUUUCUAUUCAUGCCUUUACAUUAUUGGACCCUGGAGGAAUUGAAUGCAUUACCUGUGCAAGGAAAAAUGUCUUUUUGACAUCAAAUCCAACAUGGGCCCAAUCUUUCCUUUUUCCAUCUGAAAGACUCAAAGAUUUGUCUAUGAAAAAUUGGAAUCAAUUGGCUGGAUCAGGUCCUGUUCCAUGGCGGCAAGCCCCUAGCUUAUUUAGUUCGUCUAUUCCAUCAUCUGAAAUACAUUCAAGGGUUCCUUAUGAAGUUGACAUUUCAAGUGCAAUAAAUAAACUUGGUAACGGGGAAAGGAUAUCUGGUUGUUCGUUGGACAAGAGAAAAGUUGAGGAUUUAUCUGAAAGAUUACAUAAUGGUUCCCUGAAGCUUGGUGCCCAAGAGAUACAUGAAAAUGGCAUCACAGGAAAGAAUUGUGAUGAUCAAAUUAGUUCAUGUUUGAGUAUGUCUCAACAGUCUUCUUCUGUAAAGGAGGAUCCAUCUCCUCCCCAAUUUGGUUUGCUUGUACCCUUUUCCAGUACAAUUGAAACAAAUGACCAAUUUGUGGUUUCUGGAACAAAUUUGCGGCCAAACCCUCCUCCUUCCUUGUCAAAACAAUUUGUUGGUAAUCUACAAAACGGGGUUGACCCAUCUGGUGAAACUCAAAUUCGCAAUGCAAGGCCUCGGGCAGAUGCCCGAGGAAGAAAUCAAUUACUUCCUCGGUAUUGGCCUAGGUUUACUGAUCAAGAGCUGCAGCAAAUAACUGGAGAUUCUAAUUCUGUAAUCACUCCAUUGUUUGAGAAAAUGUUAAGUGCAAGUGAUGCUGGACGAAUUGGACGUCUUGUGCUGCCAAAAAAAUGUGCUGAGGCCUACUUUCCUCCAAUUUCUCAGCCUGAAGGAUUACCUCUUAAGGUCCAGGAUGCAAAAGGCAAGGAAUGGAUAUUUCAGUUUCGCUUCUGGCCUAAUAACAAUAGCAGAAUGUAUGUUCUGGAGGGAGUUACGCCUUGCAUACAGUCCAUGCAAUUACAAGCAGGUGACAUAGUCACAUUUAGUCGUUUAGAGCCUGAAGGAAAACUAGUCAUGGGAUUCAGGAAGGCCUCAGCAGCCCCACCAUCAGAUCAGGAGAACGAAACAAACAAGAACGCAAAUGGAGUUUUAGCACGUGGAGAUACUGAACUGGCUGAUCCCAGUUGUUGGUCAAAAGUUGACAAGUCUGGAUACAUAGCAAAAGAAGUUCUAGGAGGAGCAAAAGCGGUGAUCUCUAGAAAGAGGAAGAGUAGUACUUUAGGUUCCAAGAGUAAGCGGCUGAGAAUUGAAAAUGAGGACAUGAUGGAGCUGAAGCUAACAUGGGAAGAAGCUCAAGGGCUGCUUUGUCCUCCUACCAAUCACAUUCCAAGUGUUGUAGUGAUUGAAGGCUUUGAGUUUGAGGAAUUUGAGGAUGCCCCGGUACUUGGGAAGCCAACAAUUUUUUCAACUAAUAAUGGUGAAAAGGUUCAAUGGGCUCAAUGCGAAGACUGUUUCAAAUUGCGCAAAUUGCCUGCUGAUGCCCCUGUUCCCCCUAAAUGGACUUGUUCUGAUAAUUCAUGGGACCCACAAAGAGCUUCCUGUUCUGCAGCUCAAGAAUUAACAUCAGAAGAACUCGAAGAUCUACUGCCAUCCACUGUUUCAGCUGCUUCUAAGAAAAUGAAGGCCGCUAAACAGGAUGUGGAGAAUGUGGAAGCUCUUGAGGGUCUUGACACCCUUGCUAAUCUAGCUAUUUUGGGAGAAGGUGACUCCCUUCCAGCAUCAGCUCAGGCGACCACAAAACACCCCCGACAUAGACCUGGUUGCUCAUGCAUUGUGUGCAUCCAGCCCCCAAGUGGGAAAGGCCCCAAGCACAAACCAUCAUGUACCUGUAACGUUUGCUUAACCGUGAAACGGCGCUUCCGUACUCUGAUGAUGCGCCGUGAGAAGAAGCAAUCAGAGAAAGAAGCAGAAACUACACGCAAAAAGCAGCAGCUACUCUUGCCGUAUAAGUUGCAGGAUGACACAGUGACCAGUAAUAGUAAUGCAGGAAAUAGUCCUAAACAGAAUGUUGAUGUCCUUGAAAUAUCAGAUGACGAUCCUAGUAAGGUGAAAUUGUCUACCUCACCAUUUAAAGGUCAAAUAGACCUGAAUAUCCAGCCGGAGCGGGAAGAAGAACUAUCCCCAAGUUCAGAUUCUGGCAGCAUGAUGAAGUUGCUCCAUGAUGCUACUGAGAAAUAUAUUAAAGAGCAUAGAUAUCUUAAACUACCCCCUGGUUCAAGCUCUGUUUUCGGUGAAAAUCCAUCUGGUAAUGUGAUGCAGUGCGAUGGAGGUGAGACAAUUGGAGAGCAACACACCAACGGCAUAAACCUUAGUAGCAAUCAUCACAAUGCAGAUGAAGAUAGUUCUGCAGCAUUGUCCAUGAAAGCUGCAGUAUCAUCAACCCCAGCUGGAUGAACCGGCGGUUUCUUGUUUCUUGUAUACUAUAUACUAUGUUGCAUUGAUCAGCAACUAGUGGUAACUUUAUUGAACAACUUGGGUUCUGCAUUCAUCCACAGUAGUAUCUCUCAUUCAGAGGUCUGUACAUAAAAAGGAGAGGUGGAAGAGGGCUUAUGGAGAAACGAAUUGUGUGCUCUGAUAUUUUUCUCUCUACAUUUAUAGUAUUUGUAGGCCCAAGUUGUAUUGAAGUAAGUAGUAGUAGGGAGACGAUGAUUACUACAACAGAACUGAAGUGCUUUGCAAGUUGAAGCUAUUGCAGUUUCUUUUGUUUUUUUUGGAGCUAGACUUGAAGCCUUCAUUUCUGUGAUAGAGGACGCACCAAAUGCCUGUUUUUUCGGCUCAAUGAAAGUAGUGAUUUUACAUUCGGGGAAGCUUAUUUGUUUACUCGAUAUUUUUGUACAUAAAUUUAUAUUACAGUUAUGCGAUUUACAAAGAUGUCAAAA